AAAAUAAUGUUUUAAGCUCAUACUGGUCGAAGACAGUUCAAUCAAGUAACUAUAUUCGACUAACAACAAUAAGAAGAAGAAGGACAAUAAUAACACAAACAGACUCAAUAUGGUUUUAACCCUUCGAGUUGACUCUUAAUAAUAAGUUGUCAGGUUAACAGUGCCGCCGUCAGUUCCAUAGGCUUGAGAGCUCCAUCGCGCCGUCCUGCAUCUCUGUCUCCCCCUCCUGUCCUCAGCACCAGCCUGCGUUUCACUCUAUUAUUUUCCACUCAGUUUCUCGCAGUUUAAAAUGGCGGCGUUGAGCAGCGCCGAGUCCCCACCGCCCGUCUUUAACGGUGACACCACGGAGCGGGAGCCGGGCAGGGAGCGGGGCCUGGAGGAGCUGGCCGCCGGGCUGGACUCCUCCUGCUCGCCGGGGAUUCCCGGAGGUCCACAGGAUGAGGAGAUCUGGAACAUCAAACAGAUGAUAAAGUUGACACAAGAACACUUGGAGGCUCUUCUGGACAAGUUUGGCGGAGAACACAACCCUCCCUCCAUAUAUUUAGAGGCAUAUGAGGAGUACACCAGUAAACUGGAUGCCCUGCAGCAGAGGGAACAGCAGCUGCUGGAGGCUAUGGGCAACAGUGCAGAUUUCUCCUGUUCUCCUUCUCCCAUGCCAGCCCUUCUGGAAGUCAAGAUGGGAGGUUGCGGGGUCAUUGGAGGAGCCCAGACCUUUUCUUCUGCCCCCAACACCUUGGCUGUCCUGCAGACCCCUACUGACACUGGUCGGGCAAACCCUCGCUCCCCCCAGAAGCCCAUCGUCAGGGUCUUCCUGCCCAACAAACAAAGAACAGUGGUCCCGGCCCGCUGUGGAAUGACUGUAAGAGACUCUCUGAAGAAAGCUCUAAUGAUGCGAGGACUCAUUCCAGAGUGCUGUGCAGUCUACAGGAUACAGGAUGGGGAGAAGAAGCCUAUUGGUUGGGACACAGACAUCUCCUGGCUGACGGGAGAGGAGUUGCAUGUAGAAGUUUUGGAGAAUGUGCCUCUCACCACACACAACUUUGUGAGGAAGACCUUCUUCACACUGGCCUUCUGCGACUUCUGCAGAAAGCUCUUGUUCCAGGGUUUCCGCUGUCAGACCUGUGGCUAUAAGUUCCACCAGCGCUGCAGCACAGAGGUCCCUCUCAUGUGUGUCAACUAUGACCAGCUAGACUUGUUGCUUGUGUCCAAGUUCUUCGAGCAUCAUCCCUUCACCCAGGAGGAGGUCUCCUCAGAGGGAACGACCCCUGUGUCCGAGGCCUGUCCAUCACUGCCCCCAUCCGAAUCAACUGGGUCUAUAUGCCACACCACUGUGUCCCCAUCCAAGUCCAUACCCAUCCCACCCAGUUUCCGGCCCAAUGAGGAGGACCACCGCAACCAGUUUGGCCAGCGCGAUCGUUCGUCCUCCGCCCCCAAUGUCCAUAUCAACACCAUUGAGCCUGUCAACAUUGAUGACUUAAUUCGAGAUCAGAGCUUACAGAGGUCAGACGGAGCCCCCUCGACCCACCCCGCCCGCUGCUUGAGGAAGCACCGAACACGGACCUCAAGCCCCCUCCUAUACUCCUACCCCAAUGACAUAGUGUUUGAUUUUGAGCCCGAGCCUGUUUUCCGAGGCUCAACGACAGGGCUGUCAGCCACUCCCCCUGCCUCUCUGCCUGGCUCUCUGACCAAUGUCAAGAUCCCACAGAAGUCGCCGUGCCAACAGAGGGAGCGCAAGUCGUCAUCCUCGUCUGAGGACCGCAAUAAAAUGAAAACUCUGGGAAGAAGGGACUCCAGUGACGACUGGGAAAUACCAGAGGGUCAGAUCACUUUGGGUCAGAGAAUAGGCUCUGGAUCCUUUGGAACUGUCUACAAGGGAAAGUGGCAUGGUGAUGUGGCAGUGAAGAUGCUGAACGUCACUGCUCCCACACCACAACAGCUUCAGGCCUUCAAGAAUGAAGUGGGUGUCCUCAGGAAAACGCGUCACGUGAACAUCCUACUCUUUAUGGGCUAUACAACCAAGCCCCAACUGGCCAUUGUGACCCAGUGGUGUGAGGGCUCCAGUCUGUACCACCACCUGCACAUCAUUGAGACCAAGUUUGAGAUGAUCAAACUGAUUGACAUUGCUCGGCAGACAGCUCAGGGAAUGGAUUACCUGCACGCCAAAUCCAUCAUCCACAGAGAUCUGAAGAGCAACAAUAUUUUCCUCCACGAGGAUCUGACAGUGAAGAUUGGUGAUUUUGGGCUGGCCACAGUCAAGUCCCGCUGGAGUGGUUCCCACCAGUUUGAACAACUCUCUGGCUCUAUACUAUGGAUGGCUCCAGAGGUGAUCCGGCUGCAGGACAAGAAUCCCUACAGCUUCCAGUCAGACGUCUAUGCCUUUGGCAUUGUUCUGUACGAGCUCAUGUCGGGAGCGCUGCCGUACUCCAACAUCAACAACAGAGACCAGAUCAUAUUCAUGGUGGGUCGAGGUUACCUGUCUCCUGACCUCAGCAAGGUGCGCAGCAACUGUCCAAAGGCCAUGAAGAGAUUGAUGGCUGACUGUCUGAAGAAAAAGAGAGAGGAGCGACCUCUUUUCCCUCAGAUCCUAGCAUCGAUUGAGCUGCUGGCUCGCUCAUUACCCAAAAUUCACCGCAGCGCCUCAGAGCCUUCGUUAAACCGGGCCGGCUUUCAGACGGAGGACUUCAGUUUAUAUGCUUGCGCCUCACCUAAAACCCCAAUCCAGGCUGGUGGCUACGGGGAGUUUUCUGCAUUUAAGUAAGUGCUGCAGAUCCACACCAGUCCAUCCCUCGUCACUUCUCAAAAGUCACGUGUUCCUGCGGUGGAUUCAUUCAUUACUGAAAAUAAAACUGAAAACAAUUGUCUUGAAGAAUAUGCUGUUUUCUUCCUCUGUCACCCUGAAGAAGGCAGCCUCACUGGAGUCCUUUCAACAGCAAGCAAACAGCCACAGCAGCAGACAAAACUGAAUUAGGAAAACAAACUAAACAACAAUUGCACAUGAAGUUUAAAAAAAAAGCAACAAAACAAGACACAAAGCUAUCCAUACCUGAAAUGGUUUUGAGGAGGAGAUGGUUCCGCGGACCUACUCACCUUCUGCAGGGAACAGUUGAAGGCAAAAUAAAGAGGAGAUGACCGUGAGAAGAGAAGCCGAAACUUUGCGUGCAACUCGUCCCGUCAUUUCCUGUGUGGAUGAGGAAAGGAUAGGUCAUCCGCCAGGCCGCUGAAAUGCACUUUGAAUGACGGCAGAACGGGGAUAGUGGAAGAAGAAAGGGUCCUCCCAUCCGUCUGUUGAUGAAAGGCCAGGCGUUAGCCCGUCCCCAGGAUGAGCUGACCGUCACUCAGCAGGGGUUAACCCCGAAGUAAGAUGACUUGAAAGAUGGGUCUAUUUUUUUUUUCUUUCUUUUUUUUUUUCAUUUGUUUCUCAUGUUUCAGACUAUAGCUAGCAGUUGCUAGGAAUGCUGAGCUGUUUUGUCCCGUGCCAUUCUUUAAAGAGAUGACACACAUGUUAGAAGAGUUUUCUUCCCGGCCAUAAAGGGCCUUUUUAUGUUUUUCUCACCCAAAAUAGAUUCUGCAAAAUACUGUACGUUGCCUUGUUUGUCUCCAAGAUCUGUGAAGAAGGAGCUCUUUAUCUACUAACAGAGAAAAUUCCAACCUUUCAUGUUAAAGCCAGGGAAGCGUUCUUUGAGCAGAUUCUAUACGGUUCUACAGCCUGCACUUUUCCACCGACAAAAGGAGCUAUUCUUUGAGAGAGAACUAAUUAAUUUGUUCGAUGGAAGUUACAUGCGAAGGAUUUUUUUUCUGCUUAAAGAGCUCAGCCCAACUUUAUAAGGAUUUCACAUUUAUGUGAAAGCCACAAAAGCCGUUCUCUCCUUGCGGUCUCCAUAGAAAAGUGUAGUAUUUUCUGAUGUUCAUAGGGAGGAAAGACACAAAGAUGUUUCCUAUACUGUUAAGCAAAGCUGCUGCCCAGUGUUUCCACGUUGUAUAGUACUCUUUGGCUUCUCUGAACUUCCAAGGUAUUACGCAGCUUCUUCACAAGGCUUUUCCUUUGCUUCUAACUAUUUUCCCCAGAUUUUUUACACCAAGUGCAUGUUGUCAUUCCUUUCUCUCUCUCUCUCUUUUUUUUUGUAUCAUAUUGCUUUAAAAUUGCACUCCUUACAACAGGGACCUUACUUGUUGCAGCUGCUGACCAAUGGGCUGCAGCACUACCUGCUGAAGAGACUGCGAUCUUUUGCAGAGUUCUGUUAGUUUUGGAAUUCUGGAAAUGUUUGUUCAAUCACCUUUACUCUCUCUGUACACACCUUUUUUCAUUCCAGCUUGUAAAGGGUUGUAGGCUCUUUUUAUAGGUUCUUUUUAUUUCAUAAUCAGUGUCAUUUGCCUUUUUCUGUACAGGCAGGCCUGCAGAUAUUUACUUAUUUAUGUGAUUUUUUGUUUGUUUUAUGGAUUUAUUUCAGAAUUGCUUUAUUUGAAACUAUCAGUCUUUCUUUUUACAUUUGUUUUAGUCUUUGUGACUUGCGUACUUGCACUUUGUAGAGAUGGAUUGAAGCAAAUGAGCAACUUGCCUUUUUUGUUUUUGUGACAUAUGUAGCAGAUGACUCAGCGUUCAACUUCCAGUGAAUGUGUCAUCUGCAGGGGCUGGACUAAGAAUAUUUUGUGGAGAUAGGUUCAGCUGCAAGGACUGUCUCUGACAAAGUUUUCAGCAGCUGGUGUGUCACUAUCUACAGUGAUGAGAGCUGUCAGAGAGAAUGACACUGUUGGCCUGAUAUUGUAGAGAUAGAGCACACAGUUGGCAAACCCAUUUGUUUUCAAUCAUCAAGGAUCGUAUUUCUUUCUAUUGUAACCCCAGGCAACCCGUUCACAUCAUUACUUGUUAUUAUACAUAUCAGUCCUAGCUUUGAGUGUGUAGGACUGAGACGGAGCAGAGACUAAAAUAGAUUAGCACAAAGACUGGAAACUAGUGGAGCCUGCUAGACCCGAUUUAGGACAGUCAUAUUACGUUAUUACAUCGGCCAGUCCUCCUGUAAUUUCUGUUACUGAGAGAAUUUGUUGUGAGAAACAAACUGAUUGUGCACAUCUUUACAUGACGUGCUUAAUUUUUUUGCUGUUGCUUAUUUUCACCCACCUGAUGCUGAUCUUCUGAAUACUAAGAAGAUUGCCUUUUUGAGUUAUUUAUAUUCUCCUCGUACCAAAUGUUAUAGCUCAGGUGUGAGUAGUGAAAAGAAAGAAUGAAGUCCUUGAGAUUGGUAUCUGCUGGUUUAAGCAGGGUUUCAUCUGGCUGGCUGUAUACUGCAUCACUGCUACUUUGUCUCACUGAAUACUUGAUUAUGACCGUGAUUGGGAUUAUUCUAAUAUUGGCAUCUGAAUUCUGAGAAGAACUAUGUUCCUAUGUUUUUUGUUGUCGAAAAGACGCAAAAAGACAGGGAAAUGUUGGCAGAUUAAUUGGGAGAAUGAACUUUUAAAACAUCAAUGCUUGCCCUGAAUAUAUACAUCAUGGAUGGUUGGUUCACAUUCUUGUUUCCACCAGCUUGCCUUGGUCGUAUUUGCCAGCAUGUAUUGGACAAAAUAAUGACUUCAUCUUUAAGAAUUGAUGGUAGAACACAGUUUGUCACCCAACAAUAUAAUGGUAAAAAUAACUCUAAUUACUCCAACUGUUUUCUCACUUCUUAUAUGUUUCUGAGAUUUCUGUGUCUGGGCUGAUAGGUAAUAUCUGUGAGUUUUACUUUCAGCAGAGUACAAUGUCCCGCACACUUCUCCACUCUUGAUCGGACUUUAUUUAGUAGUAUUCUCAAAUUCAGUUUUUGUGUGAGGGAAAAAAAAAUAUCUUUAAAUAAUGUGAGAAGAAGUAGCCAACAGUGAGUGAGGUUUUUUUUUAUCCUUUCACUGUCAUCAGUCAGGUCCAGUCCAGCGGCGGUGGUAGAUGGAUAUUAUUAUUUUUUUUUUUUUUUUUUUGGUGCACUGUGCAUUGAACAGGUCCAUGUGCUGACUUCAGAAGGACUAAUGCUAAGUUCUUCUGAUGAAUUAGUCCAUGGGCAGCAUGUUUAUCCAGAAGAAUUCCAUAAUUGUGAAUCUUAAGCUGACUGUAAUCUACUGCCGUUGACUUGAAGGUUAUUUAACACUUGGAACAACUGAACUCUGUGGACCUAAGUCUUAGUGGGGCAUGUGUUGACGUAUAUUUGCAAAGUUGGACAUGAAGCCGAAACUAUCUGGAGAGAUACUUCUAAAGGUGGUUGACGAAAACAAUCUAAACCCAAGGCCGUGUGUGUUAUGGUCUGAGAUUACACAGUUGGAAGUGGAAUUGUUCAAAGUUUGGAUGAUUUAGGUAUCGUCUGUUGUCUGUCUAACACUGUCCAUUCUCCACAGUGUAAUCCUAAAAGUUAACCUUGACAGUUCAUGCUUAACUGCAUACUGCAGUUGCCAAAGCAAUCUUGGCUUUAGGCUUACUUCCUUGUCCUCACUUUUUUUGAUCUCGGUAAACAUUGUUUCCAGUAUGAAGAAUGGACUCUCAAGGCCAACCUUUUAACCCACACAAACCCAAAGGUCCAGAGAUAGUCGGCUCAUGGAAAAUUUAAAGGUCAGAACAACAUCUACUUAGGAGGAGAAUGGGAUACAAGAGUGAUUUAAAAUUGAGGUCAGCCUCACAAGACAUAGCACAUGGCCUUUAUCCUCUUCCACAGGGAGGAGCAUCACCACAGAGCUGUACAUGCAGAUAGCAGUAACUGUUGUCUGUUUGCUCGCGUGACUGAACCUGUGGAAGCAAAACUGUAAUGUCUGUCAGAGUGCUUUAUGUGUUUCCACUGAGAGUUCUAUUUUCUGUGACAAUAUUAUCACCAAUGUAUAUCUGCUAAAGCUUCAUAGAAUCUACAGGAGCACGCACUGAGUUCCAUCACAGAGGCUCCACCCACCUCUGAUCUCUCCCCUAGCCUGCCACCACUGCUCCUCCUUAUUCAGACUUUCUUUACUUUAACCUCCAUUUUCCUUUUUUAAACAUUCCCUCCCCAUCCUCUCUGCCUGCACCUUAAACCCAACAAUUCCCGCCAACUGAGAAUCAUUAUGUAAAACUUAGUUCUGUUUAGUUUUUUCUUUUUUUUUUCCACCUGUAAAUAGUUGUACAAAAGAAAUAUUGUCAGUUUGCUAGGAGGCAUGGAGACUAAUGUAACAAAUUACACAAUGUUCAAAAUAAAGUGAUAAAGAUUAAAGGACAUUUUGAUAGGCAGACUUCUAAGAAAAAAUGGUGGAGUGUAAAAAUAUUUAAGGUUGUAUCAUAAGGAGAAAGAGCUUAAUGUAUUUGUUGUGAAUAUGAAAAACUGAUAUAUUAAAGAAGUGCAUGAAAACUGUA